AUGGCGGCGGAACCAACACGAGAAUGGAGCGAUGAGAAGCUGAAAAGUGACGAUUUGCCCAAAAAAGACAUAAUAAAGUUCCUCCAGGACAAUGCAGCACAGUCGUUUCUCAAUGAACUCAAGUUGCAGGGAAACAUUAAGAAUGUGGCCAAAACUGCCAAGAAAGAGCAGCUGAUCGACGCCUAUAAUCAGUUAUUUGAGAACAAAAAAUUCAAAGGCACAGAUCCGGUGGCGGAGGUCACGGAGCAAGUGAGGACGACAAAGAUCGAGGAGAAGCCCAAAGAAGUGAAGGCCGAAGUGGUGGACGAGGGUCCGCCCAAGUUCACCAAGUCUGUGCUGAAGAAGGGAGACAAGACCAACUUUCCCAAGAAGGGGGAGACGGUGAGCUGCUGGUACACGGGCACGCUGGAGGACGGGACCGUGUUUGACACCAACGUUCCUGUCGGAGCCAGGAAGAAGAAGCAGACCAAACCCCUGAGCUUCAAAGCGGGCCUGGGCCGAGUCAUCAGAGGAUGGGACGAGGCCAUUCUCACCAUGAGCAAAGGGGAACAGGCCCGAGUGGAGAUCGAGCCGGAGUGGGCCUACGGGAGGAAGGGCGUGCCAGAUUCAAAAAUUCCACCCAAUGCCAAACUCAUCUUUGAGAUCGAGCUGGUGGCGGUGGAUUAA